UUUUAUUUUUACGCUUUUAAUGUUAUAUUGCUUCAUAUUCGGACUCCUGCACUUACAUCAAAGCAGCCAUGUCAACUUCUACUCAUCAGAAACCAGAGUUCGUCGAACAGGAGGCCCUAAAAACCCUUCUUGAAGACAAGACUAAGGUUCCAGGAAAAGAUUAUCUCGUAAUCGAUGUUCGCGAUGAGGAUCGCAUUGGAGGCCACAUCCCAGGAAGCGUGAAUAUCCCUUCAAAGCAGCUUCCUGAUCGACUUCCCCAACUGGUCGAGGAAUACAAGGAUGUUCCGACGUUGUUCUUUCAUUGCGCAUUGUCUCAAGUUCGGGGCCCUAAAGCCGCAAAUCGCUGGUCAGAGGCCCUUGCUGAACGCGACGCAAAAUUGACGGCGACAGAGGCAGCGGCGGUCGAGGCGGCCAAUCGUGCUCCAAUUACACAAAAAGUUAACAUUUUGCGUGGAGGAUUUGGUGAAUGGCAACUCAAGCAUAAAGAUAAUAAGGAUUUGGUCGAGGCAUAUGAAGCUGAAUAUUGGGUCGAUAUCUAAGAAAACGUAACAAAGAACGAGAGGCAAGGAGUUUUUAAAAAAGAAAUCUAGAGCAUAGUAUACAAAACAAUAUAAAAGAUCCAGUGCGAAUCCAGU